UUUCAACAUUCCAUUCUGCGGGUAAUGGAAAUAAAGAUUAAAAUUUACAAAUUUACAGAUCUGGCGAAGAGAUGCAUAUUUGAUGGAUGCUUGAAGAUUUUCGAGUGACAGAAUUUAAACGUUAGUUUAUUUCGCUCAACUCACUAUCGCUGAUUCUCUUUCUCAGCAUUAUGGGUUAUUCAAUAUUUUUACACUGACUUACUGCUGCUAGGCACCACUAUCAGUUUGACUCAGUCAGCUGGCGGUUGCUAUCACAGAUCUCCAUUUCGGAAGUAGUUCGCAACGAGAUAUUUUUUUCACAAUGGACUCAUCAAUUGCCUAAUACUUUCUAUGUGAAAUAUUUCAAAAGCGUAGAUGCUAUUUCACCUCGCAUGUUAGAGUGCGCGUCAAUCUUUAGCAAAGGCGAACGAUCAUUCAGGAAAAGAAAUCCCGCCAAAACCUCAAUCACAUACGUAAUUGAUUCAGUGGAUCUUCAACAGGAGUCAUUUAUCAUGUUUUAUGUAUCUGUUGUCAAGUGAUCAUGACGUGUCAUAAAUUUGGAGUAGUGAUGGUGUACGGUCUAUAAUUUUUGCUGCAUACCCAUGAGUUGCAUUUCUUGAAUUUACCGGGAGAUAGAACAUUUCGGCGGGCAACAAUGAAUUCUAUCAGCGAUGAUGGAGGUCAUCAGGAUCUGAGCGAUGACUCUGAAGUGGACUUCCAGGAACGUUUACCGAACGUGUACUCGGUAGUGGUUCCACAGAUUCGCUCAAUCUGCACCACGGCGACAGUACGGCGACGAAUCCACGUUCUCGAGUGGUUACCCAAAUAUCAGUUCAACUACAUACUUCCGGAUAUAAUCGCUGGAAUCACAGUAACCUUGACCGCGAUACCUCAGAGCAUAGCUUACGGAAUCUUGGCGAAUCUACAGCCUCAGGAUGGCAUCUACUCUAAUCUGGUAGGAUGUUUUAUGUAUUUUUUGUUCGGAAGCGUCAAAGAUGUCACAGUUGCGCCUACCUCAAUCAUGGCGAUUAUGAUUCAAAAAAUUGUAACCACCUUAGGCCCUGGUUCCGCUCUUUUGACGCUGUUGGCCGGGGGAGUUACAUUCCUAUUUGGGAUUCUUAACCUAGGAAUCUUGGUUCGAUUCAUAUCGAUGCCGGUGAUAACAGGUUUCACAACGGCUGCCUGCCUGACGAUCGGUAGCGCCCAACUUCGGUCCCUUUUUGGGAUCAGCAGUAAAGGAAAGAGCAGUGAUUUCAUCGACGCAUGGGAGAAUGUUAUCCAGCACAUUGGUGAGACUCGUCUAUGGGAUGCCUUGCUAGGUUUUAGUUCAAUAGCAUUUCUCGUGAUACUUAGGUUAACGAAAGACUGUGGCCAAGGACAAUGGAAAACAUUUUUCAAGUAUCUUGCCUUGCUGCGUAACGCCAUGGUAGUCAUCAUCGGGGGACUUUUAGCGUAUGGAUUCUCGCUUGGCGGAUCCCAACCGUUCAUUCUGACGGGCCACGUGGAAGCAGGUCUUCCACCAUUUCACGUUCCUCCACUAUCCGUGACGAACAAUGGAACCUACUACGGUUUCUCCGAUAUGAUCUCCGUUAUGGGUACCUCAAUCAUCACAAUCCCAUUGGUGUCAACGUUGGAGAUCAUUUCCAUUGGCAAGGCUUUUUCCAAAGACAAAACCGUGGAUGCCACACAGGAGAUGCUUGCCUUGGGUAUAUGCAACAUGGCAGUGGCAUUCUUCUCUCCACUACCAGUAGCUGGAUCCUUCACGCGAACCGCAAUUAACAAUAGCAGUGGCGUUAAAACAUCCCUCGGAUGUGCCAUUACUUCGGCUCUGCUUCUGCUGUCAUUGGCAGUCCUGGCGGAUGCUUUUUAUUAUAUACCCAAAGCAACACUUGCAUCAGUGGUGAUCUCUGCAAUGAUCUUCAUGGUGGACUACCGCGGAAUAGCGGAGGUAUGGCGCGUCAAGAAAUUGGACAUGAUUCCAUUCCUAGCCACGGUUCUGGCUUGCAUUCUACUCGGACUUGAUUACGGCAUCCUGUGUGGAAUCGCUAUCAACUGCUGCAUUUUGUUAUACUUGAUCUCAGUACCCAAGAUCGAUCUUCAUCUGUCACUAGUGGAAGAGAUUCGGAUUCUUCUGGUGAGACCAACCACGGAUUUAACGUUCUCUUCGGCUGAGCAGCUAAGAGAUCUAGUUGUGCAAUCAGUGGUUAAAGAUUACGACACUACUGUUGAAUUGGUCGUACUGGAUGGGAGCCGAGUAAACUUUGUGGACACCACUGCGGUGAAGAACGUGGCUAGUUUGGAGAAUGAUCUGAGUUCCAGGCAAGUUGGAUUGGUGCUAUGGAGAUGGCACAGGAGUGCAGCCGGCGGAUUAGUACGCCUCAGGGAUGGAUUGCGAGUAUUGCUUAGCAGUGCAGAGAGCUUGGAAGGGGCGGUGCAACAGUGGAAGGCAUCCGCCGAGGGUUAUCUCAAAGAAACUAAUGAGUGAUAAAAUGAAAUUACUUUUAAUUAUUAGAUUGAACUACAUUAGUUUGUAAGAAAAAAAUAAAACCAUUUUUAAAUUUAGCUAACCCCAAUAGGAUACGCACUAAUUACAUAAGAGCCCCUUAAUAAUGAGGAUUAUUUGCUUAAGCUUCAUGCAAAAAAAAUGUAAAAACCCGACUUAAUCCACC